CCGGAAGUAACCACACAAUCGAACCAUAUCGGCUACUUUACGACCAAGUGAAAUCGUUUUCUUCAGCAUGUAACCAUUUUAUUUCGCCCAACGACUGGUUUGACGUGUGACGACCAGAGAUGAGCGUCACGUUGGAUAUACGACUAAAAAGAGCCAACAAAGUUUACCAUGAGGGCGAGUCGGUGGCCGGCGUCAUCGUGCUGGCGUGCAAGGAGGCGAUGCAGCAUCAUGGCAUCUUCCUGAGCAUGGAGGGUCUGGUCAACCUGCAGCUGAGCUCCAAGAGCGUGGGAGUCUUUGAGGCCUUCUACAAUUCCGUCAAGCCAAUCUCGCUGAUCAGCUGCAGCGUCGAGGUGGCCAAGGCCGGAAAGAUCCCAGGAGGCAAGACCGAGAUCCCCUUCGAGUUCCCCCUCAACGCCAAAGGCAACAAAACUCUGUACGAGACCUACCACGGGGUCUUCGUCAACAUCCAGUACACUCUCCGCUGUGACUUGAAGCGCUCCCUGUUGGCCAAAGACCUCAGCAGGAACUGCGAGUUCAUCGUGCACUGUCAGCCACAGAAAGCCAACGUCGGCACCACCCCGGUCAUCUUCACCAUCACUCCGGAGACCCUGCAGAACAUCCGUGAGCGGAGUUUGCUGCCAAAGUUUCUCAUCCGAGGCCACCUGGACAACACCACCUGCGUCAUAAGCCAGCCCCUGACCGGUGAGGUGAUGGUGGAGAGCGCCGACGUUCCCUUCAAGAGCAUUGAGCUGCAGCUGGUUCGAGUGGAGACAUGCGGGUGCGCCGAAGGCUACGCCCGAGAUGCCACAGAGAUCCAAAACAUCCAGAUAGCCGAGGGCGACGUGUGCCGUGGGCUGCCCAUCCCCAUUUACAUGGUAUUCCCCAGGCUAUUCACAUGUCCCACCCUGGAGACCACCAACUUCAAAGUCGAGUUUGAAGUCAACAUUGUCAUCGUGCUUCACGACGCCCACCUGAUCACAGAGAACUUCCCUCUGAAGCUGUGCAGGGUCUGAGGAGUUUUGUGUGGAUGAAUAAAGCAGUUGAGGAAU